AUGAAGGGAGUCCACCACAAAGAGUUUUUAGGGGAAGUUAUAGUACAAACUGGAACCUUAGGAAUAGGAAGAAACUUGACCUGCGCCACCCCGGAACAAAACAUAUGUUUCCAAGUGGAUCAAACGGACAACACUUUAGAAAUAACAUGGGAAACAACAGAUAUCACAACCUUCAUGGAUUGUUUCGAUUUAAAUACCGAGGACUGCAGUUGGUUCGGAGGACCAGAAAGAUACGAGCAGUUACCACUAGAGGCGAUGCAUAUAGAUCCAUCCAAUCCUUGGAUAGUAUCCAAAGUUGAAGGUUCGAGUAUUAUUGAACCCUACUGGUUAAACUCCAAGGGUGUUUAUUUGUACGUGAACUCGAUAACACCCCUCACCAUAAGUCAAAACCACAUGCACAUAAAAAGGGUUUGUUUCAUUGCCAACAAUGGUGGAGUUUAUGCUGGAAGAGAAAAAGUGAUUUUAAAGUACACAAUAGGCGUUUUCGAAAAUAUUAGGGCAGCUCACUUGCACGCAGUUAAUAAAUUUUUAGGAAAACCCAAAGAUAAACUCUCUGAACUUGUAACGGGGGAACCAAUUUGGUCCAUGUGGGAUCAUUUUAAAGUGGCAAGAUUGACUGAGGAACGUUUAUUGCAAACAGGGAACGAACUGCAGAGACACGGUUACUCAGGAAUAAUAGAUAUUGAUGACGUGUGGGAGAACUGUUUUGGGUCGUUGGAAUUUAAUAAAAACAAAUUUAAAAACGUUCAGAGAGCUGUGGAAGAAUUGAGAAAGAGGAAAUUUACUGUGAGAUUGUGGAUUCAUCCCUUCGUUAACCAAAAUUGUGAACCCACUGUAGUAACUGGCACACGAGAAGGAUAUUUCGUGAAAGAUAAGUAUGGAAAUACAAGUACGAGUUGGUGGUUUGGAAAUUAUUCCAACCAAAUAGACUUCACUAACAAAAAAGCAGCUAAAUGGUUCACUGAUCGUCUUCACAAAAUCCAACACGAGCACAAAAUUGAACAUUUCAAAUUCGACGCUGGAGAAGUUGACUAUUUUAAUAACAUUGGAGUUUAUCCUGGAGUGAAUGUGGAGUUGGUGCCAAACGUAGCAACGCAAAAAUAUGUUGAAACCUGCUCAGAAUUUCGGACAAUGUCUCAAGUGCGCGUUGGAUGGAAAACUCAACACUUAUCCAUGUUAGUAACGAUGCGUACGAAAAUAUCUGAUUGGGGCAUUAAUAACGGGUUGAAAGGUUUAAUUGCCACACUCCUCCAGAUGAACAUCAACGGCUACACUUAUGUGCUGCCCGACAUUAUUGGCGGAAACGGCAGCCCACAAAAACCAGACGCCGAACUUUUAGUCAGAUGGACGCAAGUUUGUACUUUUUUACCAGCCAUGCAGUUUGGUUACCUUCCUUGGGAGGUUAAAGAUGAACUGAUAAAUGUUAAUGAACUAACUAAAAAUGCCCUAAAAUUGAGAAGGAAGCAUUACCGUACAAUACUUAGAGCAGUUGAGAGUUGUGUUAAAACUGGCACUCCUGUAAAUCCUCCAGUUUGGUGGGUUGAACCAGGAAAUUCCACUGCUUAUAAAAUAACAGACGAAUUUUUGGUGGGAGAAUGGAUAUUAGUUGCUCCAGUUGUUGAAAAAGGGGCGAUUUACAGAGACAUCUACAUCCCCACAGGAAGGUGGCAGGAUGGCAAUAGUGAAUGCAUCCAUAUUGGACCAAAAAUAAUUAAAUCCUAUUCUGCACCAAUUGAUGUGUUGCCAUAUUUCAUAAAAAUUGGCUAG